UGAGAUGUACCGGAUCAAAGAUGGCAGCUGCCGAUAACAAUGGCGAUUUUUCAUCGCCCAACAGUAAAGACGUGGCUGAGACUCCGCAGAAAGUACGGCAGUUGCUGUCAGACAGCAUCGCGGAGAUUGAUCAGAUCAGCUCUAUCCCUGAAUCACCUAAUGACAGCGAUUUACCCAGAUCGCCAGUGCCCUGUGAUUCUGCUAAUAAAGAAGCUUUCUUUACACGAGUUGAAACUUUCACAUCAUUCAACUGGGCUGGGAUGCCGUUCGAACUCUGCCCUUUGCAGUGUGCCAGAUAUGGUUGGACCAACAUAGAACGUGACAUGCUGAAGUGUUGCAGUUGUCAGGCAUUCCUCUGCACUACUUUGCAUCCAACCCUGGACGCCAAUGGAUAUAAAGAGAGGGUCACUGCACUGCAAGAAGGAUUGAAAACAGCACAUGAGAAGUUCUGCUUUUGGCCUGACAGCCCCAGCCCAGAUCGGUUCUGGGCAUUACCUUUGAAUGAACCGGCAGCCCUUCUGCAUGGUGUGACAGAGCGGUUUAAGAGUCUUUGUUCACUGGACUUCCAGUUACCUGCCAUCAAACAUGAUGACCUCAAAGAAAUGACAAUAACAGAGGAAGCCAUCAGUUCAAUAUUGCAGUUGGUAGAAGAUAAAUCGACAUGUCGCACUAUGUUUGACAGUCCUGGGCUGAAGAACAGUACAGAUGUCCUUUCCAUCCAUCUUUCUGCCUGUAUCCUCGCACUGUCUGGCUGGGCUGCUGGUUCUUCCUCUGAAUUUCUCCACCUACCAGUUAUCACCUGUUCCUAUUGCAUGCGGAAGGUGGGUCUGUGGAGCUUCCAGCAGAUUGAAGGUGUUUGCCAAGCCAGUGAGCCUGAGGUUCCUGUCUGCAAUACUUCCCCACAUGAAAACAAGCCAGAAAGAUCAACACCAACUCCUCCUGCAAUGUCUCCCCACAGGAUGAUCACUCGAAGUCAAGAUGCUGCCCAGUCACAGAGCAGUGAACAGCAAGAAACCAACCCUUCACCCGUUGGGGCUCGCACACGGAGUCGAGAUGUCCACAGUCCCACUCUAGUUGAUCGAUGCGAGUCCGAUUCCAUUAGUUCACAUUUGCGGAACAAGCGACCAGUGACUCGUAGCAUGGGACAGGGAGACACGUCUUCCAGUCCUCAGCGGAAACCAAAGAGAAUGCGUUUGUCCUCAUCCACCAGCUCAGAUAGUACUCGUGGAUACUUUAAUCCUAUCGCCCAGCACAGGGAUUGGUGUCCGUGGGUUAGGAAGACGCUGGAACUCGAAGAUAAACCAUGUGACCUGGAGCCAGGAGAGCAGACCCCAGUGCUUGAUUCACCUGAGAAGACAGAACUAGGAUGGAAAGAGUCUCUUUGCGUCCUCUUGUCACUAAAUGCUACCCAGACCCCAAACGAGCGCUCAGACAGUGUUUCUCUUUCAGAAAAGUCCAGCAAGGUGUUCCGAAUAUUCCGACAAUGGCAAGUCCAAUGUUCCUCAGAAAUGUUGGAUGGGAAAGAGAAGCAGUUGGUACUGGAUUAAGUGAUUAUGAUACCAGAGAUGGAUUUUGAACUUCAUAGUAACAGAUGACAGUCCGCAGAUUUUUUUUUCGUAUGUUUUGCUACUUCAUUUGAAAAACACAAAAGCAUGGAGCUGGUCUGUGUCUGGCCCAUCCUGUACCCAGGUAGAAGCCAUCAGGAUGGUUCUUGUCUCACUUCACAGAUGUAUUUGACAUGUGUUAAAAUAUUGCAAAGGCUUUGAACAAGUGUGAAUAAAAUGUUUUGAUAGUUUCUUCUU